AUGACAACGAGUAGGAAGAGUGCAUAUGAAGCCGAGAGGAAGAUGAGCUUGGGUGAACUGAACCAAAUGCUAGCAAGAAAUAGGUUUUAUCGAGCACCCGGGACUUGCUUCUUCUAUACUGAUCUUGUCAAUGAAAUUCCACCCAUCAUCCGGCAUUACAUUCAGCACACAAGUUCUGUGCAUGAAACCAUGGUGAUUGUAACUUUUAGAACACUCCCAGUGAAAAAGGUUCUACCAGAGGAAAGGUUUAAUGUUGGAAAACUGGGUGGUGAAGGGGUUUAUAGAUGUUUGGUUCAGUUUGGUUACAAUGAUUCACAUAGCGUUGCAGUUGCCGGAGAUGAAUUAGUUGCUUCAGUGCUGGCAAAACUCAAAGAGCACGCUGAAUCCACCGACGAAAUAGAAAGACUAGAUUCAGCAGCAGAAAAGGGAGUUGUUUUUGUUAUAGGCCGGACAAUUCUGAAGACAAACCUGAACAGUGGAUGGUUUGUUCGCUUCAUAAUAGAUUACCUCUACAGAUUUCUGCAGAAAAACUGUAGGCCUGAACUUUCCAUACAUGAAGUCCCACCGGGAAAGACCUUGCAAGUCGGAAUGCUUUAUGAAACUUAG